AUGGCAACCAUAAAGGCCAUCGAGGCCCGCUCAGUCCACCAAAUCCAGUCUGGCCAGGUCAUUACUGACCUGUGCUCCGUCGCGAAAGAACUAGUCGAGAACAGUCUCGAUGCAGGAGCAACCAGCAUCGAGGUGCGAUUCAAGAACAACGGGUUGGAUUUGAUCGAGGUCCAGGACAACGGCGGUGGAAUAUCCCCGGAGAAUUAUGAAAAUGUUGCUUUGAAACACUACACCUCCAAAUUGUCCUCAUACGAUGACCUUACAACCCUCCACACCUUCGGCUUCCGCGGCGAGGCCCUCUCCUCCCUAUGCGCUCUCGCCGACUUCCACGUCGUAACCGCCCAAGCACACCAGGCCCCGAAAGCAAACCGACUUGACUUCGAAGUCUCUGGCAAACUACAGAAGACUCAGAUCGUCGCUGGACAAAAAGGAACCACCGCAUCUGUAGGAGGAAUCUUCAAACGCCUUCCCGUCCGCAGACGAGAACUAGAGAAGAACAUCAAGCGAGAAUACGGCAAGGUCCUGAACCUCCUACAUGCGUACGCGUGUAUCAGUACAGGAGUCCGAUUUAGCGUCCGAAAUACGGUCGGCAAGACCAAGAACGUGGUUGUGUUUUCUACAAACAGUAACCCGACGACCAAGGAGAAUAUCGCCAAUGUCUACGGUGCAAAGACACUAUCUGCGCUGAUCCCUCUAGAUCUGGAUCUGGAAUUCGAGCCUUCACAUGCAAUGAGACGAAUCGAGAGCGAUGGGCAAUCAAACAAGAUCCAGGUUCGGGGACACAUCUCGAGACCUGUUUUCGGUGAGGGCCGUCAGACGCCUGAUCGGCAGCUACUUUUCGUGAAUUCGCGACCCUGUGGAUUACCGCAGAUUGCAAAAGCGUUUAACGAGGUUUAUAAAUCAUUUAAUGUCUCACAAUCACCGUUUAUUUUUGCCGAUUUUCGGAUGGAUACUAAUGCUUAUGAUGUGAAUGUGUCGCCGGAUAAAAGGACUAUCUUGCUUCAUGAUGCUGCGGCUUUGAUUGAGUCAUUAAAGACUUCGCUUGCGGAAUUGUUUGAGGCGGCGGAUCAGACGGUGCCUCAGUCGCAGAUUCUUGGGUCUAAGGCUUCGGCAAGUAAGCAGCAGGCGUUGGCGGCUUUGCCGGGUUUUGUUACUGCGAGACAGCUUCAGAGUGCCUCUGCUUCUGCGUCUCCUAAGACACCUCGUCAGGAGCGAAAUGGAGAGGAGUCUACUGAUGAUCAAUCCGAAUCACGCGAGCAGACUGUGCCAAGUCUAAGUCGGUUUAUGAGUUCACAGGAUGGUUCGAGCCAGGUGGAUCCUCCGUCUUCUCCUACAAAACCUACUAUGGUGACCAGGCAAAAGAGGCCGUCUUCUGUUGCGGCUUCUUCUGGUCCGGACGUGGAUGUCACUCCUCGUCCGGCUAGGGGCCGGGGUUCGGAAACAAUUCAAGCUACUCCCGAGGUACCUGAGGCUUCACCUGAGCCAUCCGAAGCUGAACAGGUGCUGGAAUAUGGGACGCAAGGCUCCGAAGAAACACCAAAUGUGGUCCAGAAUGCUUUUGAUCGCAUGCGUCCUCGUCGAAUGCCCGCUGAGAUGGCUACUAUCACUAUCGGUGAUCAUACGGUGAAAUCUAUGGUUGGAAGUGGCCUACCGCGGAAACGCACCUCUGACUAUGGGACUUCCACGAAUAACGUUACAAAACGCAAGCGACUCAUUCAUACUCCUUCCAGGCCUGGUAUAUUUGGGGAGCAUAUGAAGGCUUUUGCGGCGCCAGGAACGCAGCAAGAAAAUGAUCAAGAGGAUGAGGAUGAGGAUGAAGAAAUUGAUGAGGAUGGUGAAGAAUAUGAAGAUGUUGAAGCAGAGGAGGCGGAGGCAGAGGAUGAGGAGUAUGAAGAGGAAGAAGCAGAGCUUCCGGAAGCCCCCUUGGAGCCUGAAGAUAAAGACGAUGUUUCAGAAGAACCAAAUGAAUCCGCUCCUCAGCCAGAUAAGGAGGAUCAAGAAAAAGGUGAAGCAACGGCUGAAAGUCAACAUGACUUCGGUGAAGCCGAGAAGAAAGCCCAGGAAGAAGCAACAGUUCAACGCCUAAUCCAUGAGGCUGAGGAAACAGCAGUUCUUUCUGAGGAGCACAACACCAGUCGUGCCAACAAAUUGAACAAGGGCGCCACCCACCGCGACUCUACCGUCAGCCUCAUCAGCACGAUCGAUGCAUCAGUCUCCCGGCUUCAGUCCCAAAUGCACAAGCUACGAGAAUCUCUCCAACCACGAAGCGCACCAUCCCAAACCGACAACACCGACACCGAUGAAAACACAGCCGAAGACCGACUUUCCCUCACGGUCAGCAAAGCCGACUUUGCCCAGAUGCGCAUAAUUGGCCAAUUCAACCUAGGCUUCAUCCUCGCCGUCCGACCCGGCGACGAUCACGACGAGCUUUUCAUCAUAGAUCAACACGCUUCAGACGAGAAGUUCAAUUUCGAAAGACUCCAGACUGAGACUAUCGUCCAAAACCAACGACUCGUCCGUCCAUUGCGACUGGAUUUAACAGCCGUUGAAGAAGAAAUCGUACUGGAUAAUGCAUCCGCUCUCGAAAAGAACGGGUUCAUCGUCACGGUCGACGAAAGUGGUGACGAACCCAUCGGUCGCAGGUGUCAACUUGUCUCCUUACCACUUAGCAAAGAGGUCGUCUUUGGAGUUCGCGAUCUUGAGGAACUGCUCGUUCUCUUAUCGGAGUCGUCUGGCACUGGGAUUUCCGUCCCACGUCCCAGUAAAGUACGGAAGAUGUUCGCCAUGCGCGCGUGUCGGUCUAGUAUCAUGAUUGGGAAGACCUUGACAACGCGUCAGAUGCAGCGCGUUGUUGGAAACAUGGGUACGAUUGAUAAACCGUGGAAUUGUCCCCAUGGUCGGCCUACGAUGAGGCAUUUGAUGCGUCUUGGGCAGUGGGAGGAAUGGGAUGAGUAUGCGGAGGGCCUGGAUGAAAAUCUAGAUCUAGAUCCUGAGUCGCAGCAUGAUGAACCUGUGGGAAUAGAUCUAUGGCGACGAUUUGUGGAUGAGAUGCAACAGGAAUAG